AUGGAUCAUCACACCUUCAUCAGGCAACUCAGGUGGAUGCAAAGCCGGAUCAACCACCGUCGCAAUCUUCUGACGGCCUUGCUCGGCGCAGAAUUCCUCGACAGCCCGCUAUCGCAUGAAGCCGAAUCCAUCGUCAACCGACUGGAGCUCACCGAGCUCUUCACCCUCACCACCCGCGUCAGCGGCAACCGCAGGUUGCCCCCCAACUUCCACCAUCGCUAUGAUGAACUCAUCCAGAACCUGGACCGCAAUCUGAUCGCCGCGACCCGCCAGAUGCUGCUGCAGAGGGGGUCGAUGAACGAAGCGGCAGUCAGCUACGGCGACCUCCACUCCGGCCUGACUUGCAGGAUCUGCAACCAAGUGUUUGAGGAAGGGGAGGUUGCAGGUGCUCUGGCCUGCUCUCACAGGUUCCAUCAGCUCUGCAUGGCUGAGAGGUACAUUGUGAGCCCCAGGUGCCCGACCUGCGACCGCCAGAUCUAA